ACACGCGGCGCUUCCGGGAGCGACGGGCGCCGGGAGCCGCAGGAUGCAGCGGUGGCCAGUGGUGCUUUUCCUGGCCUGGGUUUGCUUUCUCUUUUUUGCUGGUAUCGGGCUCUUCAUGAGCGGCUUCCUGCUCACCCGGAUCGAGCUUGCUAGCAGCAGUUCCUGCUCAGACCCACUGGUGCCUCCACUUUGGGAGAGGCAGAGCCUCCCGCCAGGCUCCUGCUGGGCUCCCCAACGCUUUUCCAAGGCCGUGCUCGUCAUCAUCGACGCCCUCCAUUUUGAGUUUGCCCGCUUUGACCCCGCCAAGGCCAGCCCGCUGCCCUACGAGAACAAGCUGGGUGUGCUGCACCAGCUGGCCACCUCCCAGCCCCGCCAUGCCCGGCUCUACCGCUUCCGAGCCGACCCCCCCACAGCCACCAUGCAGCGCAUCAAGGGCCUCACCACCGGCUCCCUGCCCACCUUCAUCGACGUGGGCAGCAACUUUGCCUCCUAUGCCAUCCAGGAGGACAACCUGCUGGCACAGCUGGUGCAGAAUGGAAGGAGAGUGGUCUUCAUGGGUGAUGACACGUGGGAAGGACUCUUCCCAAAGAAGUUCUUCCGUUCCUAUUUCUUCCCUUCUUUUAACGUGAAGGAUCUUCACACUGUGGAUGACGGGAUCCUGCAGCAUCUCUAUCCAACUGUGGACAGCGGUGAAUGGGAUGUGCUGAUUGCUCACUUCCUUGGUGUGGACCACUGUGGGCACAGACACGGACCCGACCACCCUGAGAUGGCAAAGAAGCUCACCCAGAUGAAUGAGAUGCUCAGGUCCUUGGUGGAUCACCUGGGGAAUGACACUCUUCUUCUGGUGGCUGGGGACCACGGCAUGACAGAAACUGGAGACCAUGGUGGUGACAGCGAGAAGGAAGUCAACGCAGCACUGUUUGUGUACAGCAGGACACCCCUGUUUGGCAGUGGCCCUCCAGAGGAGCCUGAAACCAUUCCCCAAGUGAACCUGGUGCCCACUGUGGCCCUGCUGCUGGGGGUGCCCAUCCCCUACAGCAAUAUUGGGGAGGUGAUGGCCGAGCUGUUCGCUGGGGACAGUGACGCUGUGUCUGCAGCCUUGCAACAGCUCUCAGUCUAUCACAUCAAUGCCAAGCAGGUGGAUCGCUUCCUGCAGUCCUACUCGCUGGUGGCUCAGGACCUGCCAGCAGAGCAGCUCCAGCACCUGCAGGAGCUCUUCUCCAGUGCUGUGGAGGAGCACACGCAGCUCCUGACCCAGGUGCAGGGGACGACAGUGCCUCCGGAGCUCAAGCCGAGGCUUGGAAGCCUCAUCGGUCGCUUCCAGCGCUACUUGCGGGAGGCACGGGCUGUGUGCACCCAGUCCUGGGCCCGCUUCCACCCCCUGCGUAUGGUGGGGGGCUGCAUCCUUAUUGCUUCCUCUUGCUUGCUCUGCUACAUGGCCUCAGAGCUGGCCACAUCCUCGCGGUCUCUCUGUCACAGCUGCCUCCUGUACCCGCUCUUCUUGGGCUCUCUGGGGGCUGGUCUGCUAUGGCUGGUCCACGUUUUCACCCAGGAGGGGCUGGAUCUGCUCCUGGUGUCGUCAUGGGCAGCCGCUGCUUCUCAGCUGGGUUUUUUCUGGCACUGGUGGGGCCAGCAUCUCAAGAGAGCCCGUUUGACAGGCAGUCAGCCACCCUUGGCCAGUGGUGGCCUCAGGCAGAGGCUGCAAGCAUGGCUGGGACUGGCCUUCCCCAUGGGCAUUCUGGUGUUCCGCUGUGGAGCUAUGUUCUCCGACAGCUUUGUUGUGGCCGAGGCACGGGUGGCCCCGUUCCUGCUGGCCUCGCUGGUGAUGUUGCUAGUAGGGAAGCUCCACUGGGAUGGUCACCUGACUGUGCCAGAAGGGCCCAAGCAGCAGCUCCUUGGCGUUUCUUCUUACCGGAGAGAGAUCUGGUACCUGCUGUGCCUCGUGGCCAUGCUCCUGGUCUGCGUGCGCCUCUCCAGUUUCUUCCACCAGUGCCGCGAAGAAAUCCCUCAGUGCCGGCCCUCUGUUUUCCUCUCCCCACUUGCCAGCCUGAGAAACACACGGGCCAAGAACCUCUUCUACCUCCUGUGCGUGGCCUUGCUGGCUGGGCUGGUGUAUGCAGUGCAGAGCUGGCUGAGGCACUAUGGCAACCUGAACAGCUCGGACCCCCUCGUGCUCUUUGUGCGCUGGGGUUUCCCACUGGUGGUCCUUUGCAUUGCCUGCUACUGGGCCGUUGCCUCCAGCGCUGAUGACUCUCUUGGCAAGCUGCAGGAGCUGGUGCAGGUUGCAGUUGUUGUGUUUCCCAGGGCUGUCUAUGGACUAGCAUCCAUGGGACUGCUACUCCUGCUGUGCAAUCCCAUGACGGUGUUUGCAAAGGACACACGGGAGUCAGCAGGAUCCAUUGUCACUCCCUACCUGGGGGUCCCUGGCUCUGAAGUCGACUUCCUCCACGUCAUCCCUCAGAUCUACAAGAGGAUGCAGGAGUCUCAGAAGAGCCGGCUGGAGCGGGGUAGCUGCAGGGCCACUGUUGCAGCGUACGGGCUGGGCAGCGUGUACUCAGCAGCCCUGGUCAUAGCCCUCACCCUGCUGGGCUUCCUCUUGAUGCUUCUGCACAGCGAGCGGCUGAGCUUUGCCUUCCUGCUCCUCUUCAUGGAGGCCUUUGUGCUGCUGCACAUCCACACGUGUGCCAGAGGCCUUGCUGGAGAUGCUGAGCUGUUUUCAGUGCCGUGGUAUGCAGUGAUCUCCUGGCUCCUUGCUGCUUCACAGUUCUUCUAUUCCACAGGCCACCAGCCUAUCUUCCCAGCCAUCCACUGGAAUGCAGCCUUUGUUGGCUUCCACCUUGACCACAGCACGAACCUUCUGCCUGCUGUCCUGGUGGGAGCCAACACCUUUGCCUCCCAUAUCCUCUUUGCAGUUGGCUGCCCGCUGCUCCUGCUGUGGCCCUUUGUGUGUGAGGUGUCCACCUCACAGAGGAAGAAGCCCAAGAAGGAGUCCCGGGAGGAGGUGGAGGAGCACAUGAUGGAAAUGAGGCUGCGUGAGUCUCCAGAGGAGUUCUCCACUGCUCUGCUGCGGCUGGGAUUGAAGUACCUCUUUGUCCUUGGGGCACAGCUUCUGGCCUGUGUUUGUGCAGCUAUGAUCCUCAGGAGACACCUCAUGGUUUGGAAGGUCUUUGCCCCAAAGUUCCUCUUUGAGUCGCUGGGCUUUGUGGUGAGCAGCAUCUGCCUCUUGCUGGGGAUCUCCCUGGUGAUGCGUGUGGACUGUGCCGUCAGCACCUGGUUCAGCCAGCUCCGGCUGAGGUAGCCCUGGAGGCGUGGGGAGCCCAGGCUGUGCUUGUCUCCUUGCCUCCCUCGGGCUGGCAGGGGUACACGAGCCGCCAGCAAACGAGUGCCUGCCCACAGCAGCCAGGGAUUCUGCCCAGCUCCCUGCUGCUGUGCUGAACAAAAGGACUGGAGCCAACUGCUCCUGGCUCAUGGGGAUGGUGUUUCUCAGCAGGGGAGGUCAGAGCUCUCGCUCUGGGCUUUGCUGGCAGCAGGAGGACUCUGCUGCAGGAACCCAAGAAGCAAGGAGUCCUGAAGUGCUCCUCUGGAGAAACACCAACGGGGGUCUUGCUGGUACUUCCCUGACACCUGCCACGAUGU